AGGCAGCCAGCCAGAGACAAUGAGGCUGGGAAGCUGCUGGGUCGUCUGCGUCCUCCUCUUGCUUCAGACGCGGCCCCAGGUCCCCGAAGCAGCUGGCACCUUUGAGCUACAGAUCCGGCUGAUGCACAAUGAGCGGGGGGUGCUGGCGGACGGGCGCUGCUGCCGGGGCGGGGCACAGCUGCCAUGUCCCGCUGGGGUGCAGUGUCAGACUUACUUCCGGGCCUGCUUGAAGGAGUAUCAGCUGCGUGUCCUCCCUGGGGGGCCCUGCGUGCUGGGGGCCGGCGCCACUCCCGUGCUGGGGGGCAACACGUUCACAGCCAAGCCCAGGAGGGGCGCAGAGCAUGCGGGCAGGAUCACCAUGCCGUUCCAGUUCGCCUGGCCGCGUUCGUACUCACUGAUCCUGGAAGCCUGGGAUGCUGACAACAUCACCGGCCCUGGAACCCCAGGCGGGGGGUCCCUGGUGGAGCGGGUGACACGGUCGGGGAUGCUGAACCCGGGCGAGGGCUGGCAGGAUUUCCAGCACCACGGGCGGGGCACGGCGCUGGAGUACCGGCUGCGGGUGCGCUGCGCCCCCCACUACUACGGCGCCGCCUGCAACCGCCUGUGCCGGCCCCGCGACGACUUCUUCGGCCACCACGGCUGCGACGCCGCUGGCAGUAAGGUCUGCCUGGACGGCUGGAUGGGAGAGGAGUGCACUCGGGCCAUUUGCCACCAGGGCUGCGACGAGCUACACGGCUUCUGCGAGGAGCCUGGAGAAUGCAAGUGUCACUACGGCUGGACGGGCUCCAACUGCGACAAGUGUAUCCCCUUCCCCGGCUGCCUCCACGGGACCUGCACCGAGCCCUGGAAGUGCGACUGUGACACCAACUGGGGCGGGCUGCUGUGUGACAAGGACCUGAACUACUGUGGCUCCCACCAGCCCUGCCGGAACGGCGGCACCUGCACCAACGCGGAGCCGGACGAGUACCAGUGCCUGUGCCCCGCGGGCUUCCGGGGCCGGGACUGCGAGAGGGGGCUGGACGAGUGUCUGCCGGAGCCCUGCGCCCACGGCGGAACCUGCCACCCCCUCCCGGAUGGGUUCAGCUGCACCUGCCCGCCCCAAUGGACCGGUAAAACCUGCCAGCUGGAUGCCGACGAGUGUGAGCGGGAGCCCUGCGUGCACGCCCGGGGCUGCAAAAACCUCAUCGGGGGCUACUUCUGUGACUGCUUGGAGGGCUGGGCCGGCCCCAACUGUGAGACCAGAGACGACGGUUGCCAGGGGCGGUGCCGCAAUGGGGGGCAGUGCCAGGCGGUGGGUACCGGGCACGUGUGCUCCUGCCCCGCUGGCUACACGGGCGCGGCCUGCGAGACGGAGCUGGGCGGCUGCGCCAGCACCCCCUGCCAGCAUGGAGCCCGCUGCCAGGAGACGCCAGGGCAGGGGGUGGCGUGUAGCUGCCCGCCUGGCCUCAGCGGACCCUUCUGCGAGGUCUGGCUGGAUCUCUGCUCCCCGAACCCCUGCCCCAGAGGGGCUUCAUGCCUGGGUGGGGCAGGCAGCUACGUGUGCUCCUGCCCGGAGGGGGGCUGCGCAGAGGCCGCCGGCCAGACCCUGCUUUAUGCCCUGCUACCCCUGGCGCUGUUGCCCCUCCUGGCCACCCUGCUCUGCGCCCUCCUGGCGCUGUGGACCCGCCGGAAAGGCCGGGCGCUGCCCCCGCAGGAGCUGCUGGCCAACAACGCCCCACACCUCAUCCACAAUGCCACCCGGGGGGACCACGGCCAGCCCCUGGACAAGGGGGGGCUGCCCUUCCCCCUGCCCCGCGGCCUCCCCAAGACAGACAUCUCCAACCUGGAGAGAGCCAAGCUCAACGAACUCAACGUGCCGGCCGGCCUGGAGCCCAAGCUCUGAUCCAGCGUGGGGGGAGAGCGGGCUGGACCCACGUUGCCCCCCGAUGCUGCGGUAUAAGGGGACCGGGGUGGGGCUCGGCCCUGCACUGGGGACCCUUAUGCCGCCUGAUUCCCCCCAGCUCUGCUAAAGCACCUUAACCGCCCCUCCAUGCCAGGGGGGCACAUUCGCUCUCCUCACCCCACCAGGCCAGUGUGGGUCAAACCCAGAGGGGCGCCCCCUGGAGGGGGGGUAAUUCAGACCAGCCGGUUGAGGCUUCCCCAGUUCAUCACACAGGUGGAAGCUCGCCAGGGGAGGGGAACCGGAUGCCCAUGGUAGCUGGGUCACCACCUCGAAGGAGCCUGGCCUGCCAGCAAUCUGCAGCCGGGGGUGGGCGCAGUACCCCUGCCAGCUGCUCCAGCGCAAGGUAACAGGCUGGCUGGCGAGGAUUCCCUGCCAGGCUGCAUGGCCUUGGCCAGUGAGCUGCACGGUGGAAGUGGAAUGGGCACAAGGGAAACUCAACUGGUAUAUUGUGGGCAACUGGCUGGCUUGGGGGAUGGGACACGGGGCCUUUCCCCUCUAGAGGCGCCGGCCCCGUUCCCCCUGAAAUUCAUUCCCAGUGUCAGCGUGAAGCAAGUUUGCAGGACUCAGCCCAGUUCCUAGCGGGACCAGUGUCCACAUCCCUCCUGUUCAGCCCUCACUCCUGUGUCUGUGCUCCAUGAACAGAGACCAGAUCUGCCCACUCCCAGGAGCUCCAAGCCCCACCAUCCACCCCCACCCAUCACCCAGCCCCAUCUGCUUCUGUUCUGAGAAGUGCGUUGGUCCCGCGCUAGGCCCCUCUGUCUUCGAGCCACCCACUUGGGAAGGAGUAGCUGAGGCUGGAGGGAAAUUUUCCAUCUAAAUCAUUUUUCUCUACAGGAAAUUGGGUUUUCGACCAAAGGAAAUUUGUCUCAAAAAGCACCUGCUCCCCAGGGAAGAUGCCACAAAAAUCAAACACCCAGACACCAAAAUAUUUCAAUUUAGAAGUGGCACCCCUGUGUCUCAUGGGAGUCGUAGUUCAGUUGCCUCAUGCUUCUCUUCUCUAUAGGCUGGGCUUUGCCAUUGGAAUACAUUUCCCAUGAUGCAGCAUGGCCAGGGACACCCCUAGUACAUCAUAGGAGAGGUAGUACAACCAGGCAGCCUGGACUACAGAGAAUGGGAGCGUGGUGAGGCAAUGGAAACUACAUCUCCCAUGAUGCACCACAGAGUCCCUUGGUGGAGAGGCAGUUGCAUCUGAGGAGCGCCUGGCUACGGUGUGUCAUGGGAGAUGGAGUCUGGCUGGGGAGCCUGGCGAAUAGAGAAUGAGAGCUUAUGGCACUUGGACUACAUCUCCCAUGAUGCACCAUGACCUCUCAUCUUGGCCAUGUGGUUGCAUCAUGGGAGAUAUAGUCCAGUUGGAGAGCCCAGGCCAUAGAGGUAAAUAGGAGCAUGUAGCAACAGAACUACAUCUCCCAUGAUGCACCGCAGCAGCAUUUCCAAAGCUAUUGCAGUAUUUGGAGUUUCUGCCAGAAAUCAACAUUUUCCAUGGAAACCCCCCCCACCCCCAUUUUCAAUCAGCUCUUUAUCUAGGGGACCCCUUGGAGAUACACACACACACAGCCUCCCUUGCCUUUCUACUGGACCUGUGAUUAGGAAAAAUAAAUUAUUCUGUGCCAGAGUCAAGGCGCACCCCCCAGCAUUGAGGGGGAGGGGGUGUGUACUGCAGCACCCCCUGGUGGGAGGUGUGUGCAUGUGCUGAAUGUAUCUAUGUUGUAUGAUACUGUACAGAUUCCUUCGUAGAGUUUUUGUGACCUCUUUGCUUUUUUGUACCAGGUUCUAUCCCGCCCCCCGGCGUGAGACGAGCUCGCUCAGGGUGAACAGUAUGAACCACGAAUAAAUAUUUUCCAAGCC